GCUCCAGGUAAUAUGAGUGGUAGCACGAAGCCACGUAGUGUACACUCAUCCACGUCUGGAAGAAUUGUGACCGAAAACCCGGCUCUGCUUCAGUUGUUACGGGAGCGGACUGGGGAUAGUAGUAUUGGUACAGCCACUAGACCCGCGGCAGGUGGUACCAGGUGUGUAAUAACAGACUCAAGUCGCUUGGACAACUCUAGUCACUCUAACCCUGCUUAUACUAAUCCUGUCUCUACGCAACUCCCUACUGCUGUCAACGUACAGACCAGCGGGGGCAGCCACCCGCAGCUAGCUGACUCUCAUAGAAUAGCAAGUAAUGACAGAGAAAACAAAUUAGAUGUGAUUCCUUUGGAUUCUAACAAAGACAACUGUAAUACUAAUAGUAGAACUUCUGUAGGUGACCGUGACAACGUGUCUGGUCAGACUUCUUCAACUCCUGCUGGAGAUCUUAACAUAUCUCAGGUAGAACAAGACAGUCGCACCAAGGUCAUUCCUGGACUGAACCUGCAGAAGAGUAAAGAGAAAACAUCCGAAUCACUGUUGUCGCGAGUAGAUAGCUCGUUGUUGAACGAGGAUUAUUCACAAGAACUUGUAACUCCUGCACGUAUACGUAGCUCUGUUAUAGUGACACCCUCCUUGCAUGACAAACGCUUGCAUGAUGUAGAUGUGCAUAUUUCCUCUAACGCUAACCCUUCCCCUGCUUCUGUCCAAACGCAUAGAGUAGAAGGUGUGAAAGGUACUGAGACACUGCAUGCUGUUGACGUAACCUCUGGUGCUGGGUACACUGUCAGGGCAGACACAAACACUAAUCUCUUCAAUUAUAUCUCUCCACACAGUCCAGACCACGGGGUCGCAGCGGGAGGUCACAACCCUGCGACAACACAGAGGUCAGAGGGUCAAGGUCAACCAACCACAAGACAAUCUGAUAUUGUCAAGGACAGUUUAGAGGCAUCACAUGAUCUACAGGACAGCCUUGACCUUGAACAGUCCCACCAGUUAAAAGACAGUUUAGACUCUGACUCGGGGAAGAACUCCCCAAUCACAGGCCGGAAAACUUACCCUGUGGAAUCUCCAACAUCAAACAAAAUACCCAAUAUAAACACAGCGUCUGCACAUACUAGACGGAAAGACAACCCGAACGCACUAAGUCAGGUGCGCCCAGACUCCGAACUUUCACGAGGAAUCCCGACACCCAAGCCUAGCUCGGGUGUUCCUGAUUCUGCCAAAAGUAGAGUUCCUCAACCUACUGCAAGAAGUGAGGAACCCGCUACUAGACGUAGCACCAGCAGUGUAUACGCAGUCGCUAAUCCUGCUGUUCUUGCAGCCCAGGGAGACACUCCACGCGAGGGAACACAAAACGCUAAGUUCACGCCUCGUGCAGAGCAGGCUGUACAACGUCGUGAAAAUACACAAGGAAGUGCUAAACCCCAUUCUAUAAUAAAACGGGAGAGUACACAAGGUAGUGUUAAGCCACAGUCUGUAACGAAACGCGAGGACACUAGGGAUAGUGUAAAACCUGCCAAACUUACAGGACGUCAGGAUACUCAGGAUAGUGAUAGAGCUCCACCUAGUGGCAGAAACUCCUCUAAACCGCAGGUAGGAGAUUCUGUAAACAACAACGCGAAGGUAAACUCGGCCACAUCUGGACGUAAAAGUGGCCGCAGUGCAGUUUCCUUUCAUCCAGAACCUAAAAAUAGAAGUGACAAUAGUGACAGUGACGAGGAACAAAUUCGUGCUCCAAGUAGUCAUCUGAAGGAACGUGUUCCCACACCUCACCCGCGCUCACCCUUAAAGCCCGACCAAGUCACGCCGCGACGUGACACCACUCCUCAGAUAAAGGAGUGGGACUCGGACGGCCAGUCGGACACUGAUACGCCAAAACCAGCACCUGCAGUACCACAGCCUCAAGGGCACUCUCCAUCACCUGUCGUUCAAGAACGGAGGAGCGCCAACACGACAUUACCAACUGUUAAACGUGUGUAUGUGGAUUCUCCAACAUUCACUCCGGAGGAGGAAGAUCAGUAUCGGUUUGUAGAAAGUCGUCUUGAUGAAGGACAGGAUGAUAUAGAGGAUACUUUCAGAAAACUUGAUAAAGGUGAUAAAGUAGAACCAAUGGCAACCACAACACAGGCACCACCCAUCCAGGGAGGUCAUCCCAGCUAUACUAGAGACAAUUAUGAUGGGGGUGUGUAUAAUAGUCAGUAUAGUCGUCCCCCUCCAGAGCCCCAGUAUAGGGAGGAUUAUAGACAUAAUGUAAGGAAAGAGAUUGGAGGUCAGGGGGCUCCCCAGGGGGGUCAGUAUAUCAGAAAAGACAGUGAGGGUCCCGGGGCUCCAAUACCUGACCAGUAUAGUCGCAACAAUAACCAGGGUGAGAGACCGCAUGGUUACGAUUCUCAGUAUAGUCAACAGGCUCAAAACAGGGGUUACUCUCAGGACGUACGAGGAGGGGGAGACAACCAGGGAGAUCCUAGGGUUCAGCCACCAGCGGCUCGCGAUACAAGACAGGAUAAUAGAUAUGAGGACAGAAACAGGGUCAUGAGCCAGAACAAAGGUCAAGGUCAGAAUGACCGAUAUGAGGAUAAAAAUGCAGGUUACGGUCGGUAUGAGGACAGAAAUGAACAACCUCAAUAUGACGAUAGGAAUCGACACGAUAGAUAUGAGGAUCGUAACCAAUACAAUAGUUAUAAUCGUGGUGACAGGGGUCAGGAGGACAGAAAUGAUCCCCCACAGUAUCAGGAUGGUAGACAGGGACCUGCUCAUCUCGAAACAAAUGAUCGAAAUAGAUAUGAUGAUAGACCCACUUACAAUGAUCAGCAAAACCGGGGCAGGAAUGAGGCUGAACAGUACGAUGACCACAACGAUAACUACAGGCAGCCUCGGUCCUUGAUACAGAAUGGUUAUGAGCCGGAGGAAGAUGAACAACAGCUGAUAAAACAGGAAGAGGAGUACCAGGCUCACCUUCAGAGCCGACUUCGUGACCAGGCCCAGCAAGAUGAGGAAUUUGUCAUACCCAAACUUCCCCUGGAGGAUUCGCUGGAGGACCCCUGGCAGAACCCCCCUCCCCCACCGCCUCAGCAGGCCUACCAGGAACCCAGUGGUCCGUACGGUUAUGAUGAGCGUGAAACGGAGCGCAUGGAGAUAGUUAACCCUCCACCUGUAAAAUAUGACUUUGUAGAAAACAACAAGGUAGAUUACGGUAAAGUGCCAGAUAAAUCAUAUGCUUAUUUAUUAGAAAGAAAAAAGGAAGGUGAGAAUAAAUUAGACAGUGUAUUUAUAACACCUAAACUCCGAUCUAAAAAAACGACGCGAAACAAUGUUACGUCAAACAAAAGUCGUGGUGAUUCCCCGCCUGAUGAUUACAUUCCUAGUGAGAAUGCAUCAAUGGCUGAAGCACUUUGGGCAAAGCGCUCAACAGCGCUUGAAAAAAAGAAAGACGCAAAACAGACUAAUAAAUCUAAAACAGCCUCCGGCACAAGUCUCAGGAAAAACAGGGGUCUGCAAAAGUACUCCAGUGAGAAUGGACUAGUUCGUCAGCCUCUUUAUAGUCAAGGGCAGAGUCAAGGGAGGCAACCUGUUCAUAUGUACGGCACCCCGACUCGAAACCACUACCUAGAACCACUGGAAAACAAAGCAAAUAGACCAAAGCCCAGUGAUCGUAUGGAUGGACAGGGGAUGCCUCCAGCAUCAUUUAAACCAAUAGACCUGAAGCCUGUCACCCAGGAGAUAGUGACUGAGGACGGACAGCGAAUCAGUGUGGAUAUUAACCUCAAAGUUCUGAGUCCCCGGGGGGAGGGAGGUGAUCCCCGGGGUAUACCACAAGUAUCGGCAGAGGUGCUGCAUGGGUCCCAAGCGACAGGUGGAGUCCGCCCUGUGGGGACACAGUACUACCCGGGGGCAUAUGAGGGGCAGGACCUAGCCCAGGAUCCCUACCGACAACAGUACUACCAGUCUCCCCCCGGACCACCCCCUGGACUACCACCGGGUCUCUCUCCAGCAGAACCUUAUAACUUUGACUACAGCCAGGCCCAAGACCAGGAGAACCAAUUGCCACCGCAGAGAAACCAGGAUUAUGAGCCUCAGUACCAGCCCCAGGGAUCUCCACCCUACCAGUCCCAACCCCACCAGACACAGGCUCCCUACCAGACCCAGCGGCCCUACCAGACACAGCAGUCCCAACCCCACCAGACACAGCGUCCCUACCAGACACAGCAGUCUCAGCCUCCAGAAGUCCCCGCCCCCCAGACCCAGAGUCCCCAAUACCAGCGCCACCCAUCUUACGAGCAGCAGUCUCAUCCGGUGUAUGAUCAGCAACAACAGGGCUACAGCCAGCAACCUUCCUAUGAGGCAGAGCCCAAGCAUCAGUCACCCAAUCCAUACCCCAAGAUCCCACCCAUAUCGGCAGGCACAGAGGAUCGGUUCGCAACCGGUCCAAUCCGUGUGGAGCUAGAGGGGUACUCAGCAAUUCACCAGAAGAAUCGACAGAAGGACCCUAAUGAGCAGCCCUGGUAUCAGGUGUAUACACUGAGCGACUACAAGAAGCUAAAAAAGGAGAUGGACGCUGGCCGAGGGCCACUGGGUCCUGACAUGGAGAAUGAAACCUUCAAGGAAAAGCUUGAGAAGAAACACAAGCAGAAUGAGUAUGCACGACUAGUGAUGGAGCGAAACCGACAGGAAUUGCUCGAUCGUAAACCCGUUCAGCGUCGUCAGCCAUCACAUGACCAGCGGGAAGAGAACAAACGGCGCGCUGCCCUAGAUUACGCCAAAAAUGUUCCAAAACCAGUUGUGAAGGCAAAACCUUCACAGUACAACUCAUAUGAAGUCUCCUCCCAGUUGUCUCCCUUGAAUAAGAAAGGCAACCAAUCACCUGUGAAGACGCAGCCCCCCAUAGAAGUGGUAGACCUCAACAAACUUCAGCAGCGACACGAGGAGGAGAAACAAAAUGUAGCCAUGAUUAAGCAAAACAUUCCCCAGAAAGUGUGACACAGAGAAUGAUGAUACAUGUUAACUGUAGGUCGUGCGAUUGUAGAAUGCUAAAGUUUUGUCUGAUCAAAUUUUCGCCCUUUAGCUUUUUAAAACAAUUUGUUCUGUGUUGAAAUAUACGCACCAAUAUAUAUUGCCACAACUUACAAUAUGUAUAUAUUUAUUGUGUUUUGAGUCCUGUUACAUUUGUUUAAAAGCAAAAAGUGGUGAAAAAGGAAAGGGAACAAAAAUGUAGUGUUUGGCUGUUGUUAUGGAAGUGCUAAGGUAUGUUACCCUGUAUGAGUGUUAUGUGUGGCUCCACAACUGUCGGAGGUCGUACUAAACAAUUCCUAUAAAGUCUGAUAUUGAAGUGAUUUAAUGGGACCAUGCUCCUAUUGAACAAUGAAUGUGCGAUAGUCGCUGAAAAUUUGACCAAUAGCCUUGUUUUCUCAGACGAGAACAAUUUAUUGCACAUAAGGUCUACAAAAUGUGAUAAGUAUAUUGGUAUCUUCCAUAAGAUUUGUCAGUUUGGUAAGAUGUGAUAUCAAAGUUUUACUUUUUACACAAACUUUGUACAUAUUAAACGUGUCGCAACGUUUGUAGACCG